AUGGGCCAUGCUGGCGGCCCAUGUUCGCUAUCAUAUUUACGCAUGUGGCGCAUAGCUGGAAUACUGCACGUAGAUCCAGUAUCCAUUACGGAGGCUAGCAUGACAACACAGCCCUCUGCGAAGCUGUUUGCAGACUCAGCCCGGGAGGGCGGAGCUAAUAAACGCAGCACUACCAAAUAUCAGCACCAAUCUUUCUCCCUCUGUGCAUGCACGUACGUGUGUGUGUGUGUGUGUGCAUUUGUGGUCUGUGUUGACAAGGAAAUUAUGCUGUUCUUUGGGGCCUCGGUUCUUGAAAUUCCUCCUUUUAUAUCACUGUGA